UCUGAAGACAGUGAGAAUAAAUUGACCUGAAAGUUUAGAGGACUACAGGACACACAGGACGAGCAGUGAUACACUGAGAUUUUUACUACUCAGCUAUACUACUCAACUCAGCUAUUCAUUCUACUAACAGAUUCAGGAAGACGCAAAGCUCAGAAGUUCAUUAAAAAAAAAUCAAGAUGCCAGAGAAAGCCGGCCCCGCAAUGGAGGAGGAGGUGGAGACCUUCGCCUUCCAGGCUGAGAUUGCUCAGCUGAUGUCUCUGAUCAUCAACACCUUCUACUCCAACAAAGAGAUCUUCCUCAGAGAGCUCAUCUCCAACUCCUCUGAUGCUUUGGACAAAAUCAGAUAUGAGAGCCUGACAGACCCCAGCAAACUUGAGUCCUGCAAGGACCUGAAGAUUGAGAUCACACCUGACUUGCGCACUCGCACCCUGACCUUGGUCGACACUGGCAUCGGCAUGACCAAGGCUGACCUGAUCAACAACCUGGGCACCAUUGCCAAGUCUGGUACCAAGGCCUUCAUGGAGGCCCUGCAGGCUGGAGCUGACAUCUCCAUGAUUGGCCAGUUCGGUGUGGGUUUCUACUCUGCUUAUCUGGUAGCUGAGAGGGUGACCGUCAUCACCAAGCACAAUGAUGACGAGCAGUACAUCUGGGAGUCAGCAGCUGGCGGCUCCUUCACAGUUAAAGUUGACACUGGCGAGCCUAUUGGCCGGGGAACCAGAGUGAUCCUGCACUUAAAGGAGGACCAAUCUGAAUAUUGUGAGGAGAAGCGCGUUAAGGAAGUUGUGAAGAAGCACUCACAGUUCAUUGGCUACCCAAUCACACUCUAUGUGGAGAAGUCUAGAGAGAAGGAGGUUGACCUUGAGGAUGGAGAGAAGGAGGAGGAGGCUGAGAAGGAUGCUGCCACCGCCGAGGACAAAGACAAGCCUAAGAUUGAGGACGUAGGCUCUGAUGAAGACGAGGACACCAAGGACGGGAAGAACAAGAGGAAGAAGAAGGUCAAGGAGAAGUACAUUGAUGCCCAGGAGCUGAACAAGACCAAGCCAAUCUGGACCCGUAACCCAGACGACAUCACCAACGAUGAGUACGGAGAGUUCUACAAGAGCCUCACCAACGACUGGGAGGACCACCUGGCAGUCAAGCAUUUUUCGGUUGAGGGACAGCUGGAAUUCCGUGCCCUGCUCUUUGUGCCCAGAAGGGCUUCCUUUGACCUCUUUGAGAACAAGAAGAGAAGGAACAACAUCAAGCUGUACGUGCGCAGGGUGUUCAUCAUGGACAACUGUGAUGAGCUGAUGCCAGAGUACCUCAACUUCAUCAAGGGUGUGGUGGACUCCGAGGAUCUCCCCCUGAACAUUUCCAGAGAGAUGCUGCAGCAGAGCAAGAUCCUGAAGGUGAUCCGCAAGAACCUGGUCAAGAAGUGCCUGGAGCUCUUCACAGAGCUGUCAGAAGACAAGGAAAACUACAAGAAGUGUUAUGAACAAUUCUCUAAAAAUAUCAAGUUGGGUAUCCAUGAGGACUCUCAGAACAGGAAGAAGUUGUCAGAGCUGCUGCGCUACUACACUUCCUCCUCUGGAGAUGAGAUGCUGUCCCUCCAGGACUAUGUUGCACGCAUGAAGGACACACAGAAACAUAUCUAUUACAUCACUGGCGAGACUAAAGAGCAAGUGGCAAACUCUGCCUUUGUGGAGCGCCUUCGCAAAGCUGGUCUGGAGGUCAUCUACAUGAUUGAGCCUAUUGAUGAGUACUGCGUCCAACAGCUGAAGGAGUAUGAUGGCAAGAACCUGGUUUCAGUGACCAAGGAGGGUCUGGAGCUGCCUGAGGAUGAGGACGAGAAGAAGAAGCAGGAAGAGCUGAAGACCAAGUUUGAGAACCUCUGCAAGAUCAUGAAGGACAUUCUUGACAAGAAGAUUGAGAAGGUCACAGUCUCCAACCGCCUAGUCUCCUCUCCUUGCUGCAUCGUGACCAGCACCUAUGGCUGGACGGCCAACAUGGAGAGGAUCAUGAAGUCUCAGGCUCUCAGAGACAACUCCACCAUGGGCUACAUGACAGCCAAAAAGCACCUUGAGAUUAACCCCAAUCAUCCCAUUGUGGAGACCCUUAGAGAGAAGGCAGAGGCAGACAAAAAUGACAAAGCAGUGAAGGAUCUUGUCAUCCUGUUGUUCGAGACAGCUCUGUUGUCAUCAGGCUUCACUCUGGAGGACCCCCAGACCCAUGCAAACCGUAUUUACCGGAUGAUUAAGCUUGGCCUUGGCAUUGAUGAUGAUGAUUCAGCAGUUGAUGAUAUCCUUCAGCCCAGUGAGGAUGAUAUGCCUGUCUUGGAAGGUGAUGAUGACACAUCAAGAAUGGAGGAAGUUGACUAAUAAUUAUGGAAGUACAUAUUUUCCUUUUGCCCUUUUAAUCUGUUAAUUUAUAUCAAUUUUUAUCAUUUUAAGUUAACUUCACUGUGAGGUCCAUCACUUGAUUGUAAUAUAUCAGCUAUUCAUUAUCAAUUCAUCAACUAUAAUUACACAUUUUCUGUCUGUUCAAUUGCACUUGAAGUGUCAACAACACUUCAAUAAGAAUUCAACGGGAGUUUUACCAAUUUUCAUUUUUGUAAGAGUGAAAUAUUUUGUAUGAAAAAAAUAAGGCUUUGUAUUAAAACAUAUAUAUUCAAAUAUAUAA